AGUAAGAAAAAUAUGGGCAACGUGAUGGUUCCCUUUCUCAUUGGAGUUGCUAAAGGUACGGCAGUAACUAUGGUCUUAUCGACUUUGAAGUUGUUUGCAAUAAAGGCAUUACUUAUUGCCAAGACAGCAUUAAUACUGACAGUUAUAAUAGUCGCUUCCAAAUAUAUUAAAAAAUCAGAAUCAGAGCCACAAUACAUGGAAGUUGAGCAGCAUUCAUCAGCAUCUGAGAAUAUUCCUAUAUUUGAGUAUCCAGCUCCUAGUGCCAGUGACCAAAUACCAGCUGUUGCAAUCUCCCCGUACCACGCUUAUGAGCCAUACGCUGCAGCUGAAAGUGCCUUGAACUAUGCUACGGUCGUAGAGGCACCUGUCGACAACAAGACUGCACCAGUCAAGCAGUACUAUGUACAACCUGCAACCAAGAGGCGUGACCUAGGAAGACGGAAGGUCAUACCUGCGGUACUAACUAUUCGGCAGUAUUCACGGCCAGAAAGUGGACUUCUUUAGGGGAGAGAAGAGUCAAAAAUAUUUAUUGUUAUUUAUUUUUAUUAACUUAUUUUUUUGCAUAA